UAUUACUAAGUAGUAGUAUAGUAACCAGCACGACACAGUAGUAAUAGUAAGCGAGCAUUUGCCGACUUUGGUUGUCUUGUCUCCCUUCUCAUUGUUGUUGUUGUUGUAUUAUUAACAUAAUAGCAUAGCAUAGGGGCUUCUUGCCACGUGUAUAUGGGCGCGAAUGCGCGCUCUGAGCUGGCGAGAGGAGUGGGGGGGGAGGCAAAAAGAGAGACCAAGCGCUGCUCUGCGCGUAAGAAAGUGGUGAUUCUAUGCACCGUGCAUGUUAACCUCAGGUGCAUGAUGCUUCCUACAGUCGUACACGCGUGCGCACACACACACACACACACACACACACACACACACACACAGAGAGAGAGAGAGAGAGAGAGAGAGAGAGAGAGAGAGAGAGAGAGAGAGAGAGAGAGAGAUCUGGUGUGGGCGGUCGGUAGGCCUGCUGCUUUUCGCCCUGGGAGCAGAUCAGGCCGACUACGGUGAUGCCGUUGUGUGAUCUCGACGACGCGGGCUUCGUGUAGGUGGUGCCCGUGCCCACACAUUCAUAUCCCCUCUUCCCCCCCCCUCUCGAACACCGACACAUACGGGCCCCUCCUGUUGUGUAGUUGUCUUUAGCGAAUACAAUCACACACACACACACACAUACACAGAGAGAGAGAGAGCGAAUACAAGUCACACACACACACACACAUAUACACAGAGAGAGAGAGAGAGAGAGAGAGAGAGAGAGAGAGAGAGAGAGAGAGAGAUGAAGAGCCCAACGGGAUCGGAGAAGGAUGUGGAGUUUGAGGACCCGACUAUGAGGUACGAGCUUCUUAAUGAAUUGGGCAAAGGUUCUUAUGGCGCGGUGUACAAGGCGCGCGAUCUGCACACCUCGGAGUUGGUGGCCAUUAAGGUCAUCUCUCUCUCCGAGGCAGAGGAGGGAUACGAGGAAAUCCGUGGCGAAAUCGAGAUGCUCCAGCAGUGUAAUCACCCCAACGUUGUCCGUUAUCUCGGCAGCUAUCAGGGCGACGACUACCUGUGGAUAGUCAUGGAGUACUGUGGCGGCAGCAGCGUCGCCGACCUAAUUAACGUCACCGACGAGCCGUUGGAAGAGGUUCAGAUUGCGUAUAUCUGUCGUGAAGCUCUCAAGGGUCUCGCCUACCUCCAUUCCAUCUUCAAGGUCCAUCGGGACAUAAAGUGCGGCAACAUCUUGAUGACAGAGCAAGGGGAGAUCAAGCUGGGCGAUUUCGGCGUGGCCGCCCAAUUAACCCGCACCAUGUCGAAGCGCAACACCUUCAUCGGUACCCCCCAUUGGAUGGCCCCCGAGGUAAUCCAGGAGAGCCGAUAUGAUGGGAAAGUGGAUGUCUGGGCGCUCGGUAUCUCCGGGAUCGAGAUGGCGGAGGGGCUCCCCCCUCGGUCCAACAUUCACCCCAUGAGAGUGAUCUUCAUGAUCUCUCGAGAGCCCCCGCCCAUGCUUGAGGACAAGGAGAAGUGGUCCCUGGUGUUCCACGAUUUCGUGGCCAAGUCCCUGACGAAAGAACCGAGAUCCCGACCGACCGCGACGCAGAUGCUGCAGCACAAGUUCAUCGACAAGUGCAAGGCGACGGCGGCGUGCAUGCUGCCGAAUGGCGGCGGCGGCGGCGGCAGCAAUGGCCUCGCCGGCGGCACCUUGCGGGCUGCGCAGACUUCGAUAUCGGGACUGCAAGACAAGAUGAUCUCCGUCUACGCCGCUGGUAAUACUAUCCCGAUCCCUUUCCUGCGAGCGACUGACGUCUCGCCCAUCGCGCUGCUGUCCCCCGGCAACAACCCGCGCGCGUUCGGCGCGUUGGCGGGAAACGCUAUCAAGACGCCCGAGCACAGCGGGCGCAUAGCAUUAGAUGCGCUUCAGCAGCUUUAUAGCAGUGGAGGGGGCAUAGAAGGGGGAGGCCUGCGCAGAGGGAAGAAGCCUAUGGGCAAUGAACCCCCUCUCCCUCCCAGCACCUAUCGGCGGCUGGCGACCAGCUCCACUCUCGGCAACCUAGCUCGAGCUAUGGCGUAUCAUAAGCACUGUGCGGACGAGCUUCCCCUUCUCAACUGGCAGUUGCAGCAGGAGGAACAAAUAAUUAACAAUCUCAGCGAUAUUCUGAGAACGAUCCUAAGGCUUUGAAGAGAGUUGCAUACACACACUCACACACCCUCCCCUCCACUCAUUCUUUCCCCCGUCUUCCCUUUUCCCUCCUUCUCCCUCUUCCCCUCUCUUGCUAGCAUCCUCUGAUCGACAGAUAGUUAGUCUGGCUGGUCGACAGAGAUUACUUUCCUUGUCCGUCUGAUUGAUUGAUUGAUUGAUUGAUUGACUGACUGAUUGAUUGAUUGAUUGAUUGAUUGAUUGAUUGAUUGACUGACUGACGGAUGGAUUGAUUGAUUGAUUGACUGACGUACUGUCUGACUGGCUGAUUGAUUGAUUGAUUGAUUGAUUGAUUAAUCGAUUGACUGAUUGAUUGAUUGAUUGAUUGAUUGAUUGAUUGACUGAUAGAGUGAUUGAUUGGCAAGGAAUGGAAGUAUGCUCAUUGUUAAAGGCCGCACACCAGCGAACGCAAAGGGCCAGAUGUACACACCAAAAGUCACCCUUCGUCAUGUACACACCAAAACUCACUCUUUGUGUUUGUUCCUCUCCCUUUGUCUUGUACCCGCCAAAAG